CGGGACACAGCAGCUCCUGUGGGGACAUGCCAGACUGCUCUGGGGCUGGACAGGACAGCAGAUGGGGAAAUAGCCCAGCCCUGAGCCCCACAGCAGCAGCACCACAGCCACAUUCUGGGCUCCCCAGGACCACUGCACCCACUUCCAUGGACACCGGGGUGACAGAAGCUCUAGAACAGGCCUGGGAGAUACAGGCUGGUGGCUCCAGGGCAGGGGACAAAGCAGCAGCUGGAGGGAGCCCUGAGUUACUGGCAGAAGAUGAGAUGCCCUCCACUCACCAGGAGACGCAAAGCCGAGAGCCCAAGCGGGGACUCCAGAGAACUCCCUCCUCAACCGUGCCCUGAGGCACCGGAGCCGGGUCAAGGCCAGGGACAGCGCCCCACCCAGCACUGGCCACUUGGAAGGUUCACAGGCGAAUGAGGACUUUGUGAGUGAGCCCAUGACCUUGGAUGCCCCCCAGAUCCAAGCCCCUCUCUGGCGAGGACCCACUUGGACAGAGCCAGGCGCCCAACCCCCGAGCGAGUCUCCGUCCAGCGCCGGCGAUGGGACCACGCCCGAGGACGGGCCCGCCACGCUCACCGAGGCCCUGCAGCGUAUCCACCCCAUCCCCGCCGACUCCUGGAGGAACCUCAUCGAGCAAAUAGGCCUCCUGUAUCAGGAAUACCGAGACAAAUCCACACUUCAGGAGAUCGAGACCCGGAGGAAGCAGGACGCAGAGAUCCAAGGCGCCGCCGACGGGUCCCCGGGCAACAAGGAGGCUGUGGAGGACGGGGAGGAGGAUGGCGAAGAAGAGGAGGAGGGGGAGGAGGAAGAGCUGGCCAGCCCCCCGGAGAGGAAGGUGCUGCCCCAGAUCUGCCUGCUCAGCAACCCACACUCCAGGUUCAACCUGUGGCAGGACCUCCCCGAGAUCCGGAGCAGCGGGGUGCUGGACAUCCUCCAGCCCGAGGAGGUGAAGCUGCAGGAGGCCAUGUUUGAGCUGGUCACCUCGGAGGCCUCAUACUACAAGAGCCUAAGCCUGCUGGUGUCGCACUUCAUGGACAAUGAGCGACUGCGGAAGCUGCUGCACCCGUCCGAGGCCCACAUCCUGUUCUCCAACGUACUGGACGUCAUGGCCGUGAGUGAGCGGUUCCUGCUGGAGCUGGAGCACCGCAUGGAGGAGAACAUUGUCAUCUCAGACGUGUGCGACAUCGUGCACCGGUACGCGGCCGAUCACUUCUCCGUCUACAUCACCUACGUCAGCAACCAGACGUACCAGGAGAGAACCUACAAGCAGCUGCUCCAGGAGAAGGCAGCCUUCCGGGAGCUGAUCGCGCAGCUGGAGCUGGACCCCAAGUGCAGGGGGCUGCCCCUCUCCUCCUUCCUCAUCCUGCCUUUCCAGAGGAUCACGCGCCUCAAGCUGCUGGUGCAGAACAUUCUGAAAAGGGUGGAGGAGCGGUCGGAGCGUGAGUGCACAGCCUUGGAUGCCCACAAAGAGCUGGAAAUGGUGGUAAAGGCAUGUAACGAGGGCGUCCGCAAGAUGAGCCGCACGGAGCAGAUGAUCAGCAUCCAGAAGAAGAUGGAGUUCAAGAUCAAGUCUGUGCCAAUCAUCUCACACUCGCGCUGGCUGCUGAAGCAGGGGCCGCUGCAGCAGAUGUCAGGGCCCAAGACCUCCCGCACGCUGCGCACCAAGAAGCUGUUCCACGAGAUUUACCUCUUCCUCUUUAACGACCUGCUGGUCAUCUGCCGCCAGAUCCCAGGGGACAAGUUCCAGGUGUUCGACUCAGCCCCCCGAGGCCUGCUGCGGGUGGAAGAGCUGGAGGACCAGGGCCAGACACUGGCCAAUGUCUUCAUCCUGCGGCUGCUGGAGAACUCGGACGACAGGGAGGCCACCUACAUGCUGAAGGCAUCCUCCCAGAGUGAGAUGAAACGCUGGAUGACCUCACUGGCCCCCAACCGGAGGACCAAGUUCGUUUCCUUCACGUCCCGGCUGCUGGACUGUCCUCAGGUGCAGUGUGUGCACCCCUACGUGGGCCAGCAGCCGGAUGAGCUGACGCUGGAGCUGGCCGACGUCCUAAACAUUCUGGAGAAGACGGAAGAUGGCUGGAUCUUUGGAGAGCGACUGCACGACCAGGAGAGAGGCUGGUUCCCCAGCUCCAUGACGGAGGAGAUCCUGAACCCCAAGAUCCGGUCCCAGAACCUCAAGGAGUGUUUCCGAGUCCACAAGAUGGAAGACCCACAACGCAGUCAGAACAAGGACCGAAGGAAGCUGGGCAGCCGCACCCGCCAGUGACAGCCAGAGACGCCCAGUGGCACAGGGACUUGGGGGUGGCUGGUGCACCCCGAUGGACGAAUGGGCCAUGGGGGGCUUGGGGCAGCUGUGGUGACCCUGCUGUGUGGUCAGUGCUCAUGUGUCUUGGUCCCUCACCCACAAGAGAAGAGUGCCCUGGGAUCUUCUCUGCCCGUGUCCACUCUAAACAGUGUUGCACCCACCAACCCCAUCUCUCAGAGGGGCCAGCAGGGGGCCAGCAGGGCCCAGGGAGCCUGGUGACAGUGGCCCCUGCACGUGUCCUCUGCCCUGGAAGCACCUCAAGAGCUCCCCUCCACACCCUCCCCCAGUUCUUGGGACCAAGAGACCUGCCACCUCUGUCCACUGCCCUCCCCAGCCCCCGAGCCUUGGACUUCCUCAUGGCAAGGCUCCCAGAGCUGGGCCCAGAGUCCACCCUCCCCUCAAACCCCCUUCCCCAGCCCCCUCAGGAGCUCAGACAUUGUCAGGAAUGAGUUGGUCACCACAUCCUGUGUUCAGUUACGGUUCUGAGCAAAGCAAAUUGCAUUUUUUUGGCUGCAUUAAAAGAAGCAUCAUGUAUAAAACGAA